AUGCCAUGCAUCCCUUCCUUCAUGCCAUGCAUCCCUUCCUUCAUGCCAUGCAUCCCUUCCUCCAUGCCAUGCAUCCCUUCCUUCAUGCCAUGCAUCCCUUCCUCCAUGCCAUGCAUCCCUUCCUUCAUGCCAUGCAUCCCUUCCUUCAAGCCAUGCAUCCCUUCCUCCAUGCCAUGCAUCCCUUCCUUCAUGCCAUGCAUCCCUUCCUCCAUGCCAUGCAUCCCUUCCUUCAUGCCAUGCAUCCCUUCCUCCAUGCCAUGCAUCCCUUCCUCCAUGCCAUGCAUCCCUUCCUUCAUGCCAUGCAUCCCUUCCUCCAUGCCAUGCAUCCCUUCCUUCAUGCCAUGCAUCCCUUCCUUCAAGCCAUGCAUCCCUUCCUUCAUGCCAUGCAUCCCUUCCUCCAUGCCAUGCAUCCCUUCCUUCAUGCCAUGCAUCCCUUCCUUCAUGCCAUGCAUCCCUUCCUCCAUGCCAUGCAUCCCUUCCUUCAUGCCAUGCAUCCCUUCCUUCAUGCCAUGCAUCCCUUCCUCCAUGCCAUGCAUCCCUUCCUCCAUGCCAUGCAUCCCUUCCUUCAUGCCAUGCAUCCCUUCCUCCAUGCCAUGCAUCCCUUCCUUCAUGCCAUGCAUCCCUUCCUUCAUGCCAUGCAUCCCUUCCUCCAUGCCAUGCAUCCCUUCCUUCAUGCCAUGCAUCCCUUCCUUCAUGCCAUGCAUCCCUUCCUCCAUGCCAUGCAUCCCUUCCUUCAUGCCAUGCAUCCCUUCCUUCAUGCCAUGCAUCCCUUCCUCCAUGCCAUGCAUCCCUUCCUUCAUGCCAUGCAUCCCUUCCUUCAUGCCAUGCAUCCCUUCCUCCAUGCCAUGCAUCCCUUCCUUCAUGCCAUGCAUCCCUUCCUUCAUGCCAUGCAUCCCUUCCUUCAUGCCAUGCAUCCCUUCCUUCAUGCCAUGCAUCCCUUCCUCCAUGCCAUGCAUCCCUUCCUCCAUGCCAUGCAUCCCUUCCUUCAUGCCAUGCAUCCCUUCCUUCAUGCCAUGCAUCCCUUCCUCCAUGCCAUGCAUCCCUUCCUUCAUGCCAUGCAUCCCUUCCUUCAUGCCAUGCAUCCCUUCCUCCAUGCCAUGCAUCCCUUCCUUCAUGCCAUGCAUCCCUUCCUCCAUGCCAUGCAUCCCUUCCUUCAUGCCAUGCAUCCCUUCCUUCAUGCCAUGCAUCCCUUCCUUCAUGCCAUGCAUCCCUUCCUCCAUGCCAUGCAUCCCUUCCUCCAUGCCAUGCAUCCCUUCCUUCAUGCCAUGCAUCCCUUCCUUCAUGCCAUGCAUCCCUUCCUCCAUGCCAUGCAUCCCUUCCUUCAUGCCAUGCAUCCCUUCCUUCAUGCCAUGCAUCCCUUCCUUCAUGCCAUGCAUCCCUUCCUUCAUGCCAUGCAUCCCUUCCUCCAUGCCAUGCAUCCCUUCCUCCAUGCCAUGCAUCCCUUCCUUCAUGCCAUGCAUCCCUUCCUUCAUGCCAUGCAUCCCUUCCUCCAUGCCAUGCAUCCCUUCCUCCAUGCCAUGCAUCCCUUCCUUCAUGCCAUGCAUCCCUUCCUUCAUGCCAUGCAUCCCUUCCUUCAUGCCAUGCAUCCCUUCCUCCAUGCCAUGCAUCCCUUCCUCCAUGCCAUGCAUCCCUUCCUUCAUGCCAUGCAUCCCUUCCUUCAUGCCAUGCAUCCCUUCCUCCAUGCCAUGCAUCCCUUCCUCCAUGCCAUGCAUCCCUUCCUUCAUGCCAUGCAUCCCUUCCUUCAUGCCAUGCAUCCCUUCCUUCAUGCCAUGCAUCCCUUCCUCCAUGCCAUGCAUCCCUUCCUUCAUGCCAUGCAUCCCUUCCUUCAUGCCAUGCAUCCCUUCCUCCAUGCCAUGCAUCCCUUCCUUCAUGCCAUGCAUCCCUUCCUUCAUGCCAUGCAUCCCUUCCUCCAUGCCAUGCAUCCCUUCCUUCAUGCCAUGCAUCCCUUCCUUCAUGCCAUGCAUCCCUUCCUCCAUGCCAUGCAUCCCUUCCUCCAUGCCAUGCAUCCCUUCCUUCAUGCCAUGCAUCCCUUCCUUCAUGCCAUGCAUCCCUUCCUCCAUGCCAUGCAUCCCUUCCUUCAUGCCAUGCAUCCCUUCCUCCAUGCCAUGCAUCCCUUCCUUCAUGCCAUGCAUCCCUUCCUUCAUGCCAUGCAUCCCUUCCUCCAUGCCAUGCAUCCCUUCCUCCAUGCCAUGCAUCCCUUCCUUCAUGCCAUGCAUCCCUUCCUCCAUGCCAUGCAUCCCUUCCUCCAUGCCAUGCAUCCCUUCCUUCAUGCCAUGCAUCCCUUCCUCCAUGCCAUGCAUCCCUUCCUUCAUGCCAUGCAUCCCUUCCUCCAUGCCAUGCAUCCCUUCCUCCAUGCCAUGCAUCCCUUCCUCCAUGCCAUGCAUCCCUUCCUUCAUGCCAUGCAUCCCUUCCUUCAUGCCAUGCAUCCCUUCCUUCAUGCCAUGCAUCCCUUCCUCCAUGCCAUGCAUCCCUUCCUCCAUGCCAUGCAUCCCUUCCUUCAUGCCAUGCAUCCCUUCCUCCAUGCCAUGCAUCCCUUCCUUCAUGCCAUGCAUCCCUUCCUUCAUGCCAUGCAUCCCUUCCUCCAUGCCAUGCAUCCCUUCCUCCAUGCCAUGCAUCCCUUCCUCCAUGCCAUGCAUCCCUUCCUUCAUGCCAUGCAUCCCUUCCUCCAUGCCAUGCAUCCCUUCCUUCAUGCCAUGCAUCCCUUCCUUCAUGCCAUGCAUCCCUUCCUUCAUGCCAUGCAUCCCUUCCUCCAUGCCAUGCAUCCCUUCCUUCAUGCCAUGCAUCCCUUCCUUCAUGCCAUGCAUCCCUUCCUUCAUGCCAUGCAUCCCUUCCUCCAUGCCAUGCAUCCCUUCCUCCAUGCCAUGCAUCCCUUCCUCCAUGCCAUGCAUCCCUUCCUUCAUGCCAUGCAUCCCUUCCUUCAUGCCAUGCAUCCCUUCCUUCAUGCCAUGCAUCCCUUCCUCCAUGCCAUGCAUCCCUUCCUUCAUGCCAUGCAUCCCUUCCUUCAUGCCAUGCAUCCCUUCCUUCAUGCCAUGCAUCCCUUCCUCCAUGCCAUGCAUCCCUUCCUCCAUGCCAUGCAUCCCUUCCUCCAUGCCAUGCAUCCCUUCCUUCAUGCCAUGCAUCCCUUCCUCCAUGCCAUGCAUCCCUUCCUCCAUGCCAUGCAUCCCUUCCUCCAUGCCAUGCAUCCCUUCCUCCAUGCCAUGCAUCCCUUCCUUCAUGCCAUGCAUCCCUUCCUCCAUGCCAUGCAUCCCUUCCUCCAUGCCAUGCAUCCCUUCCUCCAUGCCAUGCAUCCCUUCCUUCAUGCCAUGCAUCCCUUCCUCCAUGCCAUGCAUCCCUUCCUCCAUGCCAUGCAUCCCUUCCUCCAUGCCAUGCAUCCCUUCCUCCAUGCCAUGCAUCCCUUCCUUCAUGCAUCCCUCCUUUCACUCCCGCAGCAGGAUAUAUUUCAUCUGCCCGAACAUGCUGCCCAGCGUGCGAGCGAUGCGGGCCCAUCGCUCCCAAUUCGUUUGGUUCCGGUGGCUCUUUGUGCUCUUCUCCGUCUACACCUUCCUCAACACCCUCUCUCGCGUCACUCCUGCACCUUGCUCGCACAAGAUCAAGAAAUCUCAGUAG